GUUUGUCAGUUGGUAGUUUCAAAAAUGCACAAACAACUGUGGUGUAGACGCCGCGGGGUGUAAAGAAUUGUUGUAUAAUAAAGACGAUUAGAAGAAAUAUCAUUAAAACGAUUGAAGACGAAAAUCUUAAGAUUUAAAGGUCUGAGCGACCAUGGGCUCAAAACGCUCGAAGAAGUCGAAACAAGAACAAGAACUGCUCUCAGAUAAAAACAAUAGUGACACUGACGAUGCUCUCGAGCCUGAAAUUAGUGGAAUUACCGAAAACGGUAUAGUUUCAACAAUCGCCAAGGCCCCGAAGAGAAAAAAGAAAAUCGAAGGUCUAGAAGAAGUGCCAAGGAAAGUCAAAAAAACCAGUGAGAGUGAUAGCGAACCCAAAAAAAACAAAAAGCGGAAAGUUAAAUUUGAGAGUGUGUCAAGUAGUGAGAGUGAAGAAAAACCUGUUGAAAAUCACGAGGGUGACAUUCAGAAAAACAUCAAAAACGAGCCGGGAGAAAAAAGAAAAGAAGAAAUUACCUGGCCAGACGCAGAUAUUGUUGAAUUGAUUAACAGAAUUGAAAGUAACAUUCCAGAAAAAGAUGCAUUAUCUUACAGGUCCCGUGUAGAUAAAUUAAAUUGGAAUAACAUUGCUUUCAAUAAUUACAAUCCCGAACAAUGUAAAAAAACCUGGCUGCAGGUGCAGAAAAGAAUACGGCGGUUUCGGCUGUUGCGUGAACUUAUAAACGAUGCAAAAGAAUGGAUUAAUACUCCUAAAACAAACCAUAAAGUUGCAAGACCCCGGAAACAUCCUGAUAUGCCCAGAAGGCCUCUUUCUUCUUAUUUAUUAUUCUACUUAAAGAAAAAAGACCAGAUUCUUAGUGAAAAUCCGGGUCUUGAUGGGAGUGAUCUCAGUAAAAUUGUCGGUCAAAUUUAUAAAAACCUUCCACCUGAAAAGCGGGAAAAAUAUGAGAAAAUGGCAGCUACAAACCGAGAAGAAUAUGUGGAAAAAUUGAAAAUAUUUUUUGAAAAUCACCCCGAAUUUGUGCCACCACAACGAUUGAACCACAAAGAAAAGACAGUUAAAGUGGAAAAAGAAAAGUUACCAAAACCUGAAAAGCCUUCACCUAAAGUCGAAAAAGAGAAGCCGGUGAAAAUAGAGAAGGAAAAGGUGCCAAAAGUAGAGAAGGAGAAAACUCCAAAAGUUGUUAAGGAAAAAACAAAAGGAGGAAAACCGGGAAGACCACCUAGACCAGUAGAUAAAAGUAAUAGACCUCCAAAAAAAUGUCAAACUCCUUUCGGGUUAUAUUACGCAUCCGAAUUGAAAAAUAUGGAGGCAGGGACCGACAAACAUGCUUUUAAAGAAAAGUGCAAAGCACAGUAUAAGCAAAUGUCCGACAAGAAGAAGGUGUAUUGGAUUAAUUUAGCUGAAGAAGAUUUGAUUAGAUAUCAAGAGGAAGUCAAAGCGUACAAGUUGAAAAACCCAGAUUACAAACCACACAAAGUCAGGUCUAUACUCACUAAAAGAGAAAAAGUAUCAAAAGAGAGGGCGCAGGGGAAGCCUGCGAAACCUCCAAACUCGGCUUACGCUCUAUUUUCUCGGGUUAUGCUACAAAGUGAACAAAUAAAAUCUGUAAAUCCAAAAGACCGAAUGAAUUACAUCGCCAACAAAUGGAGAACUUGUACAGAAGAAGAGCAAAAUUCGUACCGAGACCAAGUUGUCAAUUUGAUGGCAAAGUACAAACAAGACUAUCAAGCAUAUGUAGAGACACUACCUGAAGAAGAACAAAGAAAAAUUCUAGCUCAAAAAAAACGAAAACGUCGCUCUGGACGUCGCAGCUUUGAUAUGAUAAGAAAGCCGCGAAAACGCAAAAGUGUCAAGAACUCACAACCUAGGAAACUUAAAUUUGCCGAACCAGAACAACCCCCAAUAUCACCUUGUAAAUAUUUUGCCACCUUAUACAAGGGCGAAGAUGAUCCAACUCAGGCAUGGAAAUUACUUAGCGUGGAAGAAAAACGUAAAUAUGAAGAAGAAUUAGUAAAGAAAAAACAAGCUUACAUUGUCGAAUUUGAAAAGUUUUUAAAGAGUCUCAGUAAAGAAGAGUUGGAGGAGUUUUCAAGAUCGCGCCAACAACAAGUACAGUCAGAUGAUGACGAGAGUUCUGAAUGUUCGUCUGGUUCUGAGGGAGAAGAUGAAGAUGAUGAAGGUCAAAAUGAGGGUCGUGAUUCAGAGAGCGACUAAAUAUUUAUAUGUGAACUUCUAUGUUAAAGCCGUAGGCAACAUGACUAAAAAAUUGGUUAUAAAAUAACAAUAUGAAAGGCAUUGAUUGAUUUGUAGUGUUGUUGUGUGAAAAUGUUCAAUACUGUGUAGUGGUUUGUGUCAAUUUAUAAAAUUUGUAUAUAGUGAUAUUACUUUUUGUAAAUACUUAGAAACUAAUGUAUAACAAUCAUAUGCCUACACAAUUUUGAUUAUUCCAGACCACUUGAAAUGUCGCAUUGAGUAAAAUACUUAUUUUUUAAUUGUUUAUAUUAAUAUAUUAAUUAAUAAUA